UGGCAGCACAUCCAGGCAGCUCUUUUUGUGAACUGUAGGAUGCUUGGUUUGAUUGUAAUAUAUCGAAUUUAAGUAUAUUUUUAGCUAUAUUCCGUCGAAAUUUAGCUACUGAGCGAAGGUUCUUAUCGGCAUUCUCAUCGCCCUACACCGUUUUACUCCAAAGGAGCUUGCCGAGUCCAGGAAACGUGCGUUCUCGCGAAGUGCCGAUUGGUUCGUGCAAACUUAUGUCAAAAAAUCUCGUUGUUUCGUCGAGUUUUGUUGUCUGAAUGGUGAUUGCUUGAUAAUAAUGAAAGCGCCACUCUUUAUUGCGUCUUCGGCUCACCAUCGCACACAAUCGCGGAGCCUAUAACUUAGCUUGAGCCGUGAUAGAGUGCUACGACGGAGCGGUUGUUUGCAUCUCUGCGGCACCUUUCUCUGCUCGCCGGGUGAAGCGAGUUUCCCGCAGCUUCGCGAGACGCACGGGAUGGCGGGCUGCCCACGGUCCUGACCGUCCACAUUCAUGUCAUGAACAGCGAAUCUCGAGGGCCUCUCCGGAAGCUGCCCCGAAUCCAAGCAGCGGCAUAAAGACGACGACGCGCAAUAGCUAGCGAGGCCCGGAGCGGAGCUGCCCGGCAGGCGGGCGCCGAUGGCGUUCUUCGACGACCGUCGGUUCCUGCUGUCGCACGUGCGGCACUCUUUCGUGACGUGCGACGACACCGGCAUGUGCGAGCUGGCCAUGCUCAACGAGGCCGAGCCCCGGCCCUGGGAGCCGCCGCUGCUGCUGUGCGGCGACGGGCCGCCGCCGACGCAGGACCAGCCCGAGAUGGGCCAGUCGUACGACAUCGUGUCCGACAUGGAGCUGAUCGGCGCCCACAGGCGACGCUCCAACACGGCCCAGAGGCUGGAGCGCCUCAAGAAGGAGCGCCGCCAGCAGGCCAAGCUCAGGCACGUCGUCUGGAGGGAGUCGCCCAGCAGGACCCUCUCCCCCUCUGAACUGGAGGCGCUGUUUCCGCGCAAGGACCCCCUUAGGAGCAGCGGCCGGUCGCGGGAUGUCCCAGACGUGGCCACCGCCCGGAGGUCCUCUGCACUGGCUCGUCAGUUGGACCAGUUUCCCGUGGCACCCAACAACCCCUUCAACGAGUACACUCGCUUUGACGGCAAGGUGAGCGAGCAGGGCCACCGGUGCAUCAGCGUGUUCCUGAGCGUGCAGCCGGUGGAAGAGCGCCGCUACCCACUGGUGGUGGCCACGCUGCCCGGCGCCCGCAUCCAGGACCUGAUCGGCCUCGUCUGCUGGCACUACACCAACGAGGGACGCUCCCCCAAGCUCAGGCCGAGUGUGUCCCACUACUGCCUGCGCAUAGCAGAGGAGAGUGGGGAGAUUGACGAGGAUUUCCCUCCCCUGGACCCCCGGGAGCCCGUCUCCAAGUUUGAGUUCCCUUUCCUGGCGCUGGCUCAGCUGGACCGGGAGGACUUCCCCACAGGCACCCUCCUCACUUUCCACACCAAGGAUGGCUUCAGCAAGGUGCAAAUCCCCAGCCUGGACGCCACCCUAAGGGAGGUCCUGGACCAGAUGCUCAAGCGCAGGAAAGGCCUGCUCAGGUCUCUAGGACCCGAGUUCCACGUAGAGAAUCACAAGGAAGUAGGAAUCCCCAUUGACCUGGACACCACCAUACGGUCGAGCGGUACCCUCGAGUUCACUCUGGUCUCGGAAGACAUGGUGCCGUCUGCGUCCAAGCUGGAGGAGUGGGCUGACCGGGACAUGACUGCCAUGGAGGCUCACCUGUACCAGGCGUUCAACGUCGCCAUCCUCCAGCGGAUCGGCCGCAACACCGAGGUCCAGCUGGGUAUCUCGGGUGAGAAGGUGGAGAUCACACCACUGCAGCACAAGGCCAAGAGCAAGCUGUGGGGAUGGCACCAGAAAGCGGUCACCCACAACCUGAACGAGAUCGCCGCCUGCGAGAUUGUCAACCGCAAGCACAGCUCCUUGGACCGGCGUGUGGUGAAGAUUGUGUAUGUGGCCCCCGGGGGGGAGUUCAAGCACCACGUGUUUGAGACGGACCCGGCCACGGCGUCUGUGAUCCGCAACAAGCUGAACUACAUCCUUGUGAUGCGGACUAGUCCUGCCCGAAACCAGUACCUGUCCAUCAAGGAGAAGAAGCUGCUCCGCAAGCAAGCCUCCUUCCUGCUGCCCAACUGAGAGGCGCCCGUCCAGACCUGCUGUCGUGACGAAGUGGGGGGGGGGCACCAGGAAGCAUGAUCCAGCCCAGAGGGGCAGUGCACUCCCAAAAACCGUUCCUUUAAAGCACCCAGAUAGCCUGUGCAUUGCUCAAAAUGUGUUUUUCCCGAAAAAGUGUGAAUUAGCACUAUAUUUACGCCUUGCCACGCGAUUUAGACUGAGCAACGAAUGCAUGUACGGGCCACCCUCGUCUCCACAUUUUUGUGCCGCCUUUUCUUGGCAUGGAGAGAGCAGAAUCGAAGGCACAGAGGAGAGGCAUAUGCGUUGGGCAUACCUUUCCUCCUUGCUCCUCCUAGCCAGUGGGAGGCUCACAAAAUUUUUAUUUUGACGUUACUGUGGCACCGAAUAAAAGUCCGGUCUGAUCCAGUGCUCAUGAGCAAGCGAAGUUGCUCUAAACUCGAAAUGCAUGCUGUGGCAACUAAGUAUUCUGCUAAAUGAUCUUUUUGGGGGUGGAAAGCGCAUCUUGUGAGUCAGCUGAAAAGAUGCUUCUGGGAAGUGCAGUGUCCCUUUAAGGAUAAUCAUACGGGCUUCUUUGAGACUGUUCAGACAUUUCAGCAACAAGAUUGUGAUCAUCUAGAAUGGCCAAACACGUUGAAGUGGAGCGGAAAACCCCGUACAAUGCUGCUAGUACAAUAUGGAUGCCGAAAAUAUGCUGGAAAGCUGGUGUACAUUUAGUAUUGUUGAACUUGAGUGAGCUUCUGCGACAGUGGAGCAGCAAGCAAGGAGCCAGUGAUUGUAAUUCACGGAAGAACACUAGGGAGUGACAAGACACAGUUCUCAUUUGCAUCCAAGAAUAUUGCGAUCCGCACGAGAGUUCUGGGACUUCAAAUGCCACGCCUACUAGCCCGGCAACUGUCGCUGCUUUGCAAGUAAUGAUGUGGGAAAAAGUUCACACACAAACUUCGUCCCCAGGAAGGCCAAACAAAUACGGUAGGCUGCCGAACUGGCCCUUUUGUGGCCCGCAAGAUGAAUUCACUCUUUUCAGGUUUUCCAAGGACUUUUAGGUGGUCAUUUUGAGCCAGGAAUAAAGCUUCUUGGAUAUUUGCUA